GAAUCUGAUUCGAGAGAGCAUUUAUUUCUUGGUAAUCGUCAACGCAGAACCAUGACCAUCAUAGGAGCCCUAACGUCACAUCUUGACCCCCUGACCUUACUGAUCACGGUUGUAGUUGGCCUGGGGAUGUACCUACUUUACUGGUCUACAUGUGUCCAACGCUUCAGCAGUAGAAACGUCCCGCCAUACCCCAUUCGGCCUUGGCCUUUAUGUGGUCAUCUAUUCAUGCUGACCAAACAGCCGUUGGAACAACUGCAGAAAUGGCGCCAGAAAACCGGAGACGUGUUCAGUCUCGAUUUUGCCGGUCGCCACAUGGUCGUAGUGAACGGGUUCGAGUCUUUGAAAGACCUUCUUGUGAAAAAGGCGGACAAACUGGCCCGGCCUGAGACGUUCUUGAUGCGACUUCACGGAGACUACGGUCUAGGAAUCAUCAACUCCUACGGCGCCAACUGGAAAGAACAAAGGACAUUGUCCCUCUCAAUUCUUCGAGCUUUUGGCAUGGGCAGAAACGUCAUUGCUCAAAAAAUAGACGAAGAAGUAGAAGUGUUCAUCAACGAACUGGCCAAGUUCAGAGGUCAGCCGUGCGACGUGAAGCUUCUGGUUCAUACAAGUGUCGCUAACGUCCUCAACUCCAUCAUCAUUGGCCAGCGCUAUGAGCACGGAGACCCACAGUUUGGACAUUUUCUCCGUCUCCUGAACAAUCUGAUCGCGAGGAUCGCGGGCACGAGCGUGCUGAACCACUUUAGACUGUUACGGUACCUUCCAGGAGACCCCUUUGAAGCGAACGUCCUUAAAAAACUCGCUUCAGAGUUGAAAAGUAUGCUGAUGCGUUUCAUCACAAGAGAGAGAAAGAAAGUGGAAGAAUCAGAGAAAACCAACACAGAUUCAGAGGACUCAACAGAGAGAGUUAACUUUAUCUACGAGUAUUUCAAGGAGAAAAAAGCGAGAGAGGCUCGAAGGGAGAAUACGAGGCUUGACGAGAAUAACUUGUCGGCUAUCAUCAACAAUUUGUUUGGCGCGGGUUCGGAGACUAGUGGAAAUACUGUGUUGUUCUUUAUGUUACACAUGCUGCACAGGCCCGAGGAACAGGAAGUGAUCUACGCGGAGAUCAAGGACGUUGUCGGAACACACAGACGUCCAAACAUGCAGGAUAAGCCACGCUUGAACUACCUCAAUGCCGCCAUUAUGGAGACUCAGCGACUCUCCAACAUCGCACCAAUAGGCCUGCAGCGACUGGUUUUAUCCGACAUUGAGAUCAAAGGUUACACCAUCCCAGCAGGCACAAUCGUCAUGCCGAUUCUAGAUUCUUCUCUCAAAGAUGAGCAGACGUGGGGUGACCCGGAGAACUUCAGGCCAAGCAGGUUUCUUGCAGAUGACGGAAGCCUGCUACAACCGGAACAAUUCAUCCCGUUCUCCUUUGGCAAGAGAGUGUGUCUUGGAGAGGCUCUGGCUCGGAUGGAACUCUUCCUCUUCCUCUCAGCGCUUAUGCAGAAGUUCCGAUUGGAGCAGGAAGCAGACGAUCUUCCAGAUACGUCUGGUAUCUAUGGAAUCACGAUAUCGCCAAAGCCUUUUAAAGUCAGGAUGAUAGAACGGGAAGGUAUUCCUUGAAGAGAGUGGACGUAGGUCAUAGAAUGCAUUUUUGAAACAACUAAAGUUAAUACUGGCGAUUGCUUAGAAAUAAAUGAAAAAGAGUGGAAGAAGCAUGGGAUCAAUCAAGAUAUGCUUAUUAGAAAGCAAUAAUAAAAUAAAAAUGGGGACAAAAGACACUUUCAGAGGAAACGUUGAACGUAUGUAACCCUAUCCGUACGCCCUGGGAUCAUUUUGUACCCCACCCCCGACCACCUGCCGGUAGUAUUCUUCACAUUUUAGAAUACUUCUAGUACGAAGACCUCUUUGAAACUUUCAGUAUUUUUCAAAAAAUCGUUUUGACAGACUGCUAUGCAAAGCGUACGGAUCGGAUUAAGAGUAAAUUUCUCCUUUGGAAAGGGGUGGCAUGGAGUUCCCCACGUCGUAUAGAUACGAUAGUAAAACACGACGUACGGAUAGGGUAAAAAAUUAUACAUGUAAUGAGUGGCCAUGAUGGGCCCUCUGGUCCUGUAUGCUUGUCCCUCUCAGUUUUUUUUGUUUAUCUCAAUCUUGCCUGGCGACUUGUGGAAGUUGCAAUACCAACUUGCGGUACGCUGUUACUUGAACUGCUACAAGUGGAAUAUGCCACGGUGCCGGAGUUUAAGGAGACAGCCUUAGGGACUCGUGAAUUAGAUAUAUUCUUAUUGAUGUUAUGUGUUCCUAAUUUUCACAGUGUUCAGACACGAUAAUAUUGUAGGAAUAAAACGAUGUUCCAGAAAA